GCAUAUGUCGUUACCUAGUGUGGAGUGUUUAUUGUAGACUACGCCAUAGACUUGCAUUUAUUGGUAUCAUAUUACAAACUGAAUAAAGGUUCUUGUGGCCCUCAUACUGCUCCCUGACUGACAAGAUAAUUAGGGUCAUUUACCAAUCUGGUGUAGAGUAGAACUGGCUUAGUUGCCCAUAGCAACCAGAUUCCACCUUUCAUUUUUGACAGCUCCUUUGGAAAAUGAAAGGUGGAAUCUGAUUGGUUGCUAUGGGCUACUUUACACCAGGACCCCAAAUGUCUUCUGCUGACAGGAUGUCAGUGUUCCCGCCGUGAAAAAGCUGCAGAACCAUCUCCGGGACAUUAUAGGAAGCCAGAUCAUCACUUACACGCAUACGCCAUUUACCGCACUAACUUUCUACCACGCCAAAUAAAAUGUCAACCGAUUGUCCCUUUAAACGCACAGGCAUUUUUUUCCUACCAAUCAAAACCGGGAUUCCUUUCUAGGGGGCGGUGCUUCUGCUUUAACCAAUGCGCUCGAGGGGUCGCUGGCAUCUAUCCAAUUAUAGUGAGCUUCAGACUCUGCGUAGUUUGGGCGGGUACAAAGUGACGACAUUUCUUUCCUCCAAUCAUUAGCUACAAGAGGAAGGUGGCGGAUGACUGACAUGUUUCUCGCCCAAUGAGUGCAAUCAGUGCGAAGUUGUCCUCUGUAUAUAAGAAGAGACCGUAAAGGGGUGUUGCUCAGUGGGUUCUCCGGCUGUCAGUACGCAGUCGUCCACCUCACUCAGCUCGGGCACGUACAACCUUACGGCGCGGCCUGCCUUUUAUUUUAAUGCCCUGUCACCUUCUCCAAGGACUCUUUUAUUGACCCGCGCCCUCCUUUUACCCGGCUUCUCCGUCCUGUGAGCUGCGUGACCUGUUGCUGAGCCUCCUCUUCAGCUGUUAAGGCGUGGAGAUAGCGUUUCCUCACUGAACUCUUGCUACAAUCUCUCAACUUACGCCUCCCGGAGAAUACCGAGCAUCAGCCAUGACCGAAUCCCCGCUGUCAUCUCCGCGCUUCAGCAUCCUCUCCUGGCAGCAGGUCAGCCGGUUGGACGCCAUCCUGAAGGAGAGUGUACCCAUCCACGGCCGCGGCAACUUCCCAACUCUGUUAUGCCAGCCACGGCACCUGGUACAGGUAGUCCGAAAUCGCCUAGAGCAGAAUGGUAUCCUGGUAAACAAGGUGAAACUGAAUGGUUCUGCUGCAAGUCACGUGCUUCAUGAAGAUAGUGGCUUAGGUUACAAGGAUUUGGAUCUCAUAUUUAUGGUAGAUUUGAAGGGGCCUGAUGCUUUUCAGGUUGUAAAGCAUGCGGUUCUGGAUUGUCUAUUGGACUUUCUCCCUGCAGGUGUCAAUAAAGAAAAGAUUACUCCCAUGACAUUAAAAGAAGCUUAUGUUCAGAAAUUGGUUAAGGUUUGUACUGAAAGUGACCGGUGGAGCCUAAUCUCAUUAUCAAACAAUAAUGGCAAAAACAUUGAGUUGAAAUUUGUUGACACUCUAAGAAGACAGUUUGAGUUCAGUGUGGACUCCUUCCAAAUCCUGCUGGAUUCAAUGCUUGUUUUCAAUCAUGGCCCAGAGACUCCAAUGUCUAAGUGCUUUCAUCCAACUGUGACUGGAGAGAGCAUGUAUGGAGACUUUGAGGAAGCAAUGGACCACUUGCGUAAUCGGAUAAUUGCCACAAGAAACCCAGAAGAAAUCAGGGGGGGUGGUCUUCUCAAAUACUGCAACUUGCUUGUGCGUGGCUUUAGACCAAAGUCAGAAGUGGACAUGAAAACUAUGCAGCGGUACAUGUGCUCACGUUAUUUCAUAGACUUUCCAGACAUAUGUGAGCAGUUGAGGAAGCUGAAGUGCUAUCUGCAGGACCAUUUUGUGGGGAUGGAGGAUAAGCGUUAUGUCUACCUGAUGACCCUUCACAAUGUAGUAGAUGAAAGCACUGUGUGCUUAAUGGGGCAUGAACGACGGCAGACUCUCACACUCAUUGCUUCUUUGGCAAUUCAGGUCUUAUCUGAACAGAAUUUUGUCCCUGCCAUCCCAAAUUUUACCUGCUACUACCAGCCAGCCACCUUCAUGAGUGAUGGUAAUUACAGCAGUUACUACCUUACUCCUGUCCAGCCUAUUGUUUCCUGCAGUCACUCCUAUCAGACUUGGCUUCCUUGCUGCAACUGACUUUCGCCAAGAUCACUGACCAGCUUACAUCCUCAGCCUUCUAAACAGAUCAAGAAGUGACUGGUUGUCUUUGAUCUUACCAUGUGAUAACAAAAGGACUAGGAUGGUCCGCACUCUCAGCCUUUCAGCUGACACUUUUAUAUAGAAGGACAACCAUUAGUAUUAAAAGUUUGCCUCUUUUUCCUCCUAACUUCAUACUGAUGCAAGCUUUAGAACCUGUGUAAAUACUGGGUGUUUGGACCAAAGUGUAGGAGUUAGAACUCUUAAGUGCCUGUAAAGCUUGACUGGUUCAACUCCUAGAUUAGAGACCAUUUCUUUUGCUUUCAGUAUUACACAACACUCUUACUGAAGAUCCCUCCAGCACACCUUUUUAUCUUUCUGUAGUAUAAUGUGCCUUUUUAGUUCUUUAAUCACACAAAUAAAAUUUUUGUUCUCUGCACCCAUAUAGCAAAUCUACUGGAUUUACAGCCUGGUGCUAUAAGAUAUACCUCCCAAAUUAAGGGCUUGUUUACACUACCAUAUUUGUCAGAAAUUGGACAGGGUCCCAAAGGGUGUUGUCCCUUUUAUGACAGUCUUAUGACAUACAGAUAGGAACACAAGGCGGUGUGAAUAAGCCUUUGCAAUAACAUUUUUAUUUUGGCAUUUAAUAUAUAAAGUCAACAUGAUUGAAUAGUUAAAAUCCUGCCCGAUGUUUCGCUUAAGGCUAUAGGCUGUGUCUGCCAAAGACUGUAGAUUGUAAGAACUGAAACGAGUUAAUGGGUGGUAAGGGUGUGGAGACAAACUGAUUAGACUUGUGUAUAAGAUGUCUAAAGUGAGGAAGAAACUGGUUUAAAAAAUUUGACAAGCAAACCUACCAUUACACCAAAAUGUGAAGCUGCACGAGAACAGAAAUGCUGAAGAAUGGAAUAGUAAUGUUCAGUACUGUCAAUUGCUAUAGCAGUUUCUUCAGAAUCGCCAGAUUUGGCCCUUAAUCCCAACAUUUUAUUUUUUUGGGGUGAGGGAUUGUAGUAUCUGGCCCAUAACUGCAAGUCCUUGAUUUUUGUUAGGCAGGGAUGCCCAACCUGCAGUCCUCCAGACGUUUCAAAACUACAACUCCCAGUAUACCUGGACAGGCUAGAGCUAUCAGCCUACAUCUGGGCAUGAUGAGAGUUGUAGUUUCACAACAGCUGGAGGGCUGCAGGUUGAGCAUCCCUGGUUUAAGGUAUUAAGUGGUAAUACAGCAGCUAAGACUCUCCAUACUUUUACUAGUCUCUUGGAGAACAUGCCAGGUGUCUUGAAAUAUUUUAUUUCAGGGACCCAAAGAGAGGAUGCCAAUAUUCACACCGUGCAGAAAAUGCAUUGCCCUAUUUAAUUUUACGGCUUGGAAUGCUAAGAGCAACUUUACGUAGAGACUACUUGAUGGAAGGUGGCUAGACACUGGGUGGUGCUGCUGUAAAUAGUAGGCGAGCAAACCAUUGUCCAGGGUGUGUCAGCUUAUAACUUGGUGUGUAGUAAUCUGCCGCCUCUGUCCUCGUAGCAUUUGACUGCAGGAGAUGGUCCCACUGACACCUGAACUCCAAUAUCUUGUGUAUAGCUACAGCUAAAUGACCGCUAACUUGUGUAAUGCAGCAGGGAACAUACUCCCGAGAACAGGCUGUAUACAGAGGGCUUUCCUAGUUUAUUCUUCUGGUGCAUGCCUGUGUAAUUUUAGUAUAAAGGUUUAAGAUGUGAUGUGGAUGAGAACAUUUGUCUGGUGCUGUUCACUGCUUGCUUGCAUAUACCUAUGUAUAUGGCUGUAUAACAAUAUAAUGCCAUGUCAGCCAUAUACCACAAUGAUGAGAAUUAUCUGGUGUAGUGUACUUUUUUUUUUUUUUUUUUUUUGUGACCCACUAUCGGGGGGGGGGGUUGCCUAUUUUGCUUACCUGUGUAGUUGGUGGUCUUUGAAGAAAGGCCUGAUGCCUACAGAGCUUUAUAGUCCUAGGUGCCCCUUUAGACAGUUGUGGUCAGCUACCUUUUUAAUGGCCUGCGUGGACUUGGUGGUCUAUGGCAGUUCUGUCACCAAGCUAAAUCUGGUCUCGUAGCCGGGCUGUGUGCUCAAAAAUGAACACAGUAUAGAUUCUGAAUCAAUGUAAGUAUAAUGCAUGUAAAUGCUCUUUAGAUUCACACCAUGUUCUGUGGGUCUGCUGUCUUUCAUGUGUUGUGUGGGUUUCAGGCUGAAUCAUUGAGUGCAUACUUUCUUGCAAGGCUUAUAGAGCAGUUUGGCUAAUUCAUGUCUGUUUUAAAACCUGACACCACCUUAAGACACACUUAUUGUCCAGUAAUUGCAUCAUUGUGGGCAUAAAAAAUUAACUGGUUUACACGGAGAUGUGCUGCUGACAAUGUAACUCCUAGACGGAGCAGUUUCGAUUGCUUGUUCAGACAACUUCUGUUUGUAAAAGUUAGAGUGCAAAUUGGCAACUGGUUGAGGGUCUCAUCUGCCUGUAUUAAAUUAUCCUUUAAGGGGAUCUCUGGGAAUUAAGAAAAUUAAUAUGUAAAUAUUACUUUUAUUAGAAGUUCCCAAAUGCCUUUCAUUAGUUGUAAUUUUGUUUUUGUCUGGGGAACAAUCAUUAGAAACAAAAUGGCUGCUGCCCUAUUAGUGGACACAAAGCCUGUCCUAAUAACACAACAGGACAAGUUACUUCACAACACUGAGCUAAAUAGCUGCCUCAUCCCCCUCUCCCACUUGUCAGGGAUUAUGAUCCUGAAUACAGAUGAGAAGAUCUUCAGCUGAAUCUCUGUAGGCAUAGUUCAUGAGGAGACGUGAAAUACAGAGGAUGGACAGGACAGACUGUGGUAAUGGAGACUGUUCAUUAGCCACAUCUGUUUAUGAACUCUAAUAUGGUCAUCAGCUGAAUCUCUGUAGGAAUACUGUAUUCAGGAUGACUUCUGACAAGCAGAGGAGGAUGAGUCAGCUCUUUACCUCAGUUUUGUGAAGUAACUUGUCGUCAUGUGAUUAGGACCAUUUUGUUUUUUCUAACGAUUGCUCCUCAGACAAACGAGCCAUUAUAACUAGCGAAAGGUAUUUGGAAAUAUAUUUAUAAUAAAGUUGUUUUUGUAAUUCCUGGCGAACACCUUUUAAAAGAUUUGUCUAACAUUGGCACAUUUUUUUUUGGCUGCCUUUCCCCCCCACCUACCUCACUGGACCUGGAGAGGGAAGCAUACUUACUCCUUACCGCUUGGUUUCAGUUUCCUGUUCUCAGCUCUUCAGUCUCCAUUUGUCAACUUUCAGAAUGGAUGGGCUGAGCUGCCACAUGGGGGGGGGGGGGGACACAGUGCAGCAGUACACUUAAGUCCCCACUUGACAACUGAUGGAGUUGGAGGGUUGAGUGCUAAGACCAGUGGUUGACAGAAGGAGCCAGAACCUAGCAAUGGGUAUGUAUGCUUCUCUGCCCAGGUCCAGCAAGGUUGGUGGGAGAGGGCUAGAAAGGCUGCCAAAGCUGUACUCCUUUAACCAGGAACACUAGUUAUUUUGCAGCAGACUUAAACGAGAUGUCAUGAGAAAAUGACUGACCUAAUGGUUAAAUGUUUUUAUGUUGAAAAGAAUUAGAUUUUUUAUUUUUUUCUUGCACUAGAUCUAAACACAUCCUGCAGUUCUCACUGGCUACUAAAAGUGAAUUUAGAUGGGCUGAUGAACAGCACAUUGUUGGGAAAGAAUGCUUCCUUCCCAACAGUCACUGUUUUUUCAGUAGAGGUGAAGCGCUGUAUUUACUUGCAGCAAUCGCCUCUACAGUAUGAGAAUGAGUGGUUGCUACUGCAAUCGCUCAUCCUCAUAUGCUACAUUGUUUCUGGGCAGCAAAUUGCUGUUUUAGACACUGAUCUGCUACCCAGAAACUAUUUGGGUGCCAGCAUGAACUCGCUUGUGCAGCAGAUCACCUGAUGAACAAGCAUCUUUAGACAGGCAGACUGACCAGAGCGAGCUUUUGCAGGAAUGUUUAUUCCCGAUUUUCUGGCUGUCAAUCCACCUUAAGCCUAAUAGAGGCUACUUUUUGAUCACUUUACUGCAGUUCCCUGCUUAUGUCAUUCUGAUCUUGCCUGUAAUCACCUGUGUAUAGAGAAGUCAGAGAAUGCCCAUAAAACUCACAUGAAAGUAAAUGUCUGAAGAACGGAGCUGUGCAGCCAAUUGCGUCUAUCAUAUCUUACACAUUACAAAGAAAUUAAUCAUGUUUUGCAUUCCUACAGGGAUUUUGACUUGUGUGCCAAAUUUUCUCAUCCUCACAUUUACAAGUGUUUUGUACAAUGUCUGCUAGGAUUGAAAUCUCUCCCACUGCUUGUCACUGUUGUAUGCUGUUGAUCUGUGCCUGCACACUGGUUAGUCUUAAAGGGGAACUAAAACCCUAAAAAUGAAUGGAUUUGAUCCAGUGCACACAAUGCUAUGUCUACUAAGUGUGCCCCAAAUUGUCAGUAGUCUGGGAGAAAUCUUGCUCCAUCUUUGGCUAGGUGAAUGUGUAAUGUCACGUGGAACUGGAAGUUCCACGUGACAUUUUUAUUUCACUUUAUUUUUAGUUCCUUUCUUAGUCUAACUCCUUGUAGUGUCCUCUUGUAGACCAUAACCUCCUAUAAAUCAGUUUCUCAACUAUGGUCUCUGGAACCCACCUAUCAGUCAUGUGUUCAGGAUUUGCUUAGUAGCAGGUGUGAUAAUUAAUGUCCAUGCAUCAGAGCUUUACCACAGGUAUUAAUUUUGAGAUUCUCAAAUCCUGACUGGUAGGUGGGACCCGAGGACCAGAGUUGAGAAACCCUGCAAAUGCUGAGUUGCAGUGAUCUCCUUUUUAUACCCCUCACUAUAGUGUCCAUUGAUGCUCCAUAAUAAGCCUUACUGAAGUGUGUAAUAGGAAGAGCUGAGCCUUCUGACAGGUGGGGGAGGUUUUUGUCAGAACAGCCAUUUUCUCACUAACCUAGCUUUCCCAGGAACCUGAGUCAAAUCUGCCUAGCGGUACCACUAUUUAAAAGUGAGGGGGAUUUUUCAUGGUAGAUAUAUUCUGCAGAAUAUGGGAAGGAGGGUGAGAAGUCAUGGCUGCAGCCUGAGAGAACAAAGCACUUUUUCUAAUCUACUUGUUUUUAAUAUGGUCUGCAGUUGUGAUAACUAACAAGCAAGUUACAAAGACACAAGUAGUGUCUUUUAGAUUCUGGCUUUAGUUCGCCUUUAAGUAUUGUAUUCCUUGUACACUUUUGUCCUGCAUUCCUGUUAAUUUAUUGUAGAAAUUUCCAUCUGUGGUGAACCUAGCUGUCCUCCCCUGUGAAUACAUGAUGUAUAGUCUUCCUUACUAUGCAGUUCUGGGUAUCUAUUUUUACACUAGACUGUUCCUGUUAACACCUGCACUAACCCUGCUUGUAAAGUGACUGUCCAUCUUCGCUCCACCUGCUUAAUAAAAGGGCCAUUUACGGUAAUUGCAUUCUGGAACUUGAGGUGGAGUGUAGACAUAUUAACUGGUGAAUCACACAGGCAGAUUCUUUAAUAGCAAAUACAAUUACAGCGUAAAGAGAAACUGCCUACACAAUCUAAUGCAUGGAGAUAUGUAAGUGUAUGCGCCAGUGUAGGAGUGCACCACCAUGACUUGUUAUUGAGUCUGGCCUCUGAUUUAAUGUCACUGUUCUCUAAAAAUCGUGAGUGUAAGAGCUUAGCCCAGGAAACACUGCUUGUGUCGGCAACACCUCUCUGCAUAUUAGUAAUAUGAUGCAGUCAGUACUUAACCUGUUUUCAUGUGAGUACAGUACAACAGACCCUCAGUCAGGUAGGAACUCUCUGCAUCAUAAAUUACCUUAAUGCUGUGAGGUCAGAUGUGGCAAACACACAGGUUGUUUCCCAGGCUGCACAUGUUAUGUGCAUGAGUACUAAAGGCCUGCGUACAUGGCAAUACUUCUGGUCACUGCUCCUUUAUAAUGAGCUAUGGGUUUCAACAAUUGCCAGCUUCUGAUUAAUAAAAAAAAGCAUAAUGCAGGAACACUGAGUAAAUUAACCUUGCUGUGUUUCCAGAUGGUAAUGUAGAAGUCUUGCUGUAGAAACCAUGCCAUCUCUGCGAUGUUAAAGUGCUACACUCCUUUGACCAAAUUUAGGCAGCUCUUUCCAGUGCUGGAGCUGCUGACAAUUGGUGACUUCAUUCUCCUAGCUGCAUGCUCAGCUCAUUCCUGGAAUCUGAGCACAUAGUUAACACUUGCAAUGCAAAGCUGGCCCCUAUCACUAAAUGGGCGAAGUUAGAAAAAAUAAAAAAUUUGGGUUCAGGUGCCGUGGGGUAAAAGUUUUUAUCUUAGUUUUAAGAUGUGCCUAUUUUUUAUUUCUGUGAGGGUAUGGUCACAUGGUAAAGUUUCUGCAUGUAGUUUUGGACUCCAAAAUCGGGAGUGGAUCAUAAAAGGAGAGAAAGUAUAAAGCACAGGUAUGACUUUAUUUUCUUAAUUACUUCUAGUAUUGUCCUCAAACUGCAUCAGGAAACUUGACCAUGUGACCUUGCCCCAGUUCCUUCUGAGGUCCUCGGUUCAGGCCUAAGGGGUGUUUAACAAAGUGAAGUUUGUUUUGCCUGCAACAUUUUGAAAAAAUUGUUUUAAUUUUCCAAACUCAUUUUGUUUUUGUUAUGGGGGGGGAAAUGUGCAGUGUUAUAUUACCUCCCUCUGUGGGGGUUGUGGAGCCGACAAAAAAAUAAUAAAAAUAUAUUUUCUCAAA